AUGUCCAAUUCAGAUUUACUCAGUAGUACAGUUAAUUGGCCUGGCAAAGGGUUGUAUGGGCUUAAAAGUAGUGUUCUCCAGCCAACAGAAAACAGUCUUGUCAAACAAACGAUUGUUAGCGAUCAUAUGAGAAACCAUUAUCGACGAAUGAAUGGUGCCAAAUCUGCUAUCGAUUCUAAACCACCGAAAGCGAUGAUCUUAGGUCAAAAAUGUCGCGACCGAGCUCGAAAAGAAUUGGCUCAGUUGGUGUAUACUCAGAAUAUGCUCGGACAAUUAGCUGGUGGUAGCCUUGCAGCAACACCACGUGGAAGAUCAAGUCAAAGCGCGAGUGCUACACGUCGAAAUGUUCAAUCUCAGCCGACGACUUUCCGUGCACGUUCGAGAAGUAUUGGAUCAGCUCGUACGAUGACACGUUCUUUGAAUAUGAAUGGAUCAACGCAAAAUCUUAAUCGAAAUGUUUCGAACGAUGGUGACAUUGCAAACAAAUUGUUCGGCGGAGGUGUUCUUUCGCAAGCACUGACAGCCAUGACCGCGCUAGGAAAGAUGACGUCUACUGAACGAAACAAAAGCAGUGCUGAUGUUCUUGAUAAACAUCCGGAUUUUUUCUCUCAACCCGAUCCCGAAGAACAUCAACCACGUUUAGUUAAACGUGACGGUGAUUCAUUUUUACGUAAUAACAAUAAAUAUUAUAAUCCACCCUCGAAAACCAAAUCUCGCCCGGCGAGUGCAGCCAAAGAACCAGCAAGAACGCAGCAAGUAAAUGUUCCGGAUGAAAACAAACGAAAAGAAGACGAACAACUGGCAUUAAGAGACCAAUUGAAUAGAAGUAUGGAGCUCCGAAAUAAUGUGGAAAAGAAAAUCAGAAAAGCCAAACUAACUACAGAUCCACCGUUAAGAAAACACUCGGAUGAUAUGUUAAAACAGUAUGGCCUAUCCGAACAAGAACGUUUACAAUAUGUCAAAUUUAUGCAAGAAAUCACUGAUGCUAUUAUACGAAAGAACCUUACCACUGAACCAGCGAUCGAAAAACUAUUCGAAAUUCACAUUGAUCGUAAUCGAGGAACACUUGAUGAGCGUCGUCUUCGUGGACUUCUCGAAGCACUGAAAGAAGAUCUUGGCGUUCGAUCAUCACGAAAACCCGAUACAUACGCUUCCGUGCACAAAGCUACUGUUUUCGACCGAGAUCCUCUCCCCGUUCGAGCACCUGGCACGAAGAACGAUCACAUACUUACACCAAAAACACCGCACAGUGAUAGAGACUAUUCAUCAUAUGAUAUUAAUGCUCCAUUACCAUGGCAAACUACGAAUGAACUUGAUAAACGGCCAAGUAUCACACCGCGCACAACACACGAAUCAAAAACCACUCUCUCAAACGAUGACUAUUCAUUUCCAUCCCCAUCUACAACCGUUAAACCCAAACCACGUUUAUCACUUCAAACAAAAACUGAUGAUCACCAUCAAUUAGAUGAAAUUCCAUCAACAGAACACGAAUCAAGUCCACCGAUGAAUUUCAACGCAACUAUCCGAAAGCCGAUGACUGAUUUACACAAUCUUGAUUGGUUAACUGACUCGCAGUCAACGAAAGCAGCUUCAAAUGAUCAUGUUGAACAUAACAAAGAGCACGAUGAACAACGAAGUCCAUCACCUGUGCCACAUAAUCGUUCGAAUCUCGACACUUAUGGCAGCAAUGACUUUGAGGACAAUAACGAUGACGAAAGCAAUCAUUCUGAAUAUUGA